AUGAUAGCAGGAUAUGAAACAACAUCAACUACUUUGGCCUGUGCAACGUAUGAACUUGCCCGACAUCCAGAAGUUCUUCAGAAGCUUCAGGCUGAAAUCGACCAACUUCCAUUGGCCACUGGUGAUGCAGUCGACGAAGAAAUCAAAAAAUAUCCCGAUUAUGAUAUAGUGGCGCAAAUGCCCUAUAUGGACAUGUUCGUGUCGGAAGUCUUGAGAAUGUAUCCCAUUGCAAAUCAAGCCAUUCAAAGACGUGCCUUCGAGGAUACAAUCGUACAAGGAAUUAAAAUCGACAAAGAAACAUUACCAAAAUUAUCAACAGAUCAUGAAGUAUAUGGUUCAUUAUUAAAUCUAAUUGAUUAUCAAUCAUUUUCUAUCAAUGAUGAUCAAGAUAUAUUUUCUUCAUCAAGUACACAAGGAAUAUUUCAACUGAGUACUCAUUAUUCUUGUAUACCACAAACACCAUUGUAUCAUCCAUUUCAUCAACGUAUUAAAGCACAUGCAGAUGAAGUCAAAUUAGCACGUAUUUGCAAAUUAACAAACCUUCAAGGUUAG